AUGGAGGAUGCCAACUUUGCGCCCCCCUACCGGAAAGGGCAGAGAGCCCCGCCCUGGAAGGAGGGGAAGCUCCCAGCUGGCGCCCGGGAAGAUCUGGACCCUCCUGGGGAUGCUGCAGGGAGAGAAUCCUUCCAUCAAGAGCGAUGUGCCGCCAUCACCCGGGUCGUGUGCGAAAUGCUUCUGGAGAAGCAGCCGGCCUACCACGGCUGUUUGGGCAACCUGGCGGCGUUCAUUCUGGAGCGAGAGGUGGCCGAGAGCCAGGGCGCCUGCCGGGAGACGUACGAGCUGGUGGCCCUGGGGACGGGGGACGCUUGCUACGGCGGCUGGAUGGAGUUUGACGGCCGCAGACUCCACGACUUGCACGGCCUGGUGGUGGCCCGCCGAGCCCUGACGAGGUACCUCUACAAGCAGCUCCUGCUAUGCUGUAGCCAGGAUCCUGCCGCGCUCAAGGAGGGCAUCUUUUGCUGGGUCGAAGGCAGGGGGCACCUCCGGUUGAAGCCCAGGUGCCACCUGCACCUCUACCUGAGCCAAAUGCCACACGGAGCAGCGAGAAAACUCCACUCCCGCUUGUUGCAGUCGAACCCUUCGGCCGACCUUCACGUCAGGGUCAAAGGGCAGUUCACCUCGGUCUCGUAUUGCUCUCCCACCAUGCUGUCCGGCCACGUCUACUGUGCCUCUGGCAGCGACAAGCUGACCCGCUGGAGCGUCCUGGGGGUCCAGGGGGCCCUGCUCAGCCACUUCCUUCACCCCGUGUACAUCACCAGCAUUGUCCUAGCUGACCCUUACCACAACUGUGACGGUCUCCAUCAGUUCAUCAACGAGCGGGUUCAGCUGGGACCGGGGGAUGGCUUGCCUGCUCCGUACUGUCACAAGAAGAUCUACCUCUUCGAAGGCCCCCCCGUGACCCCUCUCAGCUCCUCGUCAGAAUGUGCCUCGCUGAGUCUCAACUGGUGCGCAGGAGACAAGAUGCUGGAAUGUGUGAACGGAGCUGUCGGGAAGGCAGAAAGGGACAUUGCAAAUCCAGGAGGUGAAUCCCGACCUAGCCGGCUCUGUAAGGCCGCCAUGUUGAAAUCCUUCAGGAAGGUGGCCCAGGAGAUGAAGAGAGAGGACCUGGUGUUGCUGUCCACCUAUCAUGAAGCCAAGGUUCAAGCCACAGCUUACCAGAACGCAAAGCUCCAACUAUACACUUACUUGAGUGUGCAGGGUUUGAGUAAGUGGCCUCAAAAGCACCUGGUUGACAGUUUUUGCAGAUAG